CAGCUGGGGCAGGAUGGGGCAAAGGGGUUUCGCUUUCGCCGACUGAUGCGGAGCUGGUCCCGUCUCCACUGACAAGAUCCCCGGGGCCGUUGUUGUAGUGCACGUACAGAAGCAGGCCAAUAACAUUCAGGAUAUACACAUGAAAGAAGACCAUGAUCACCACAAAAUAAGCCCGAGAGCAGACAUUACUUCUCUGGAUGUUCAGUCGAGUGGAGCGCAAAGGGGCUUUGAGGGAAGAUGGGGGUUUGUCGCUGCCGUCGUGUUCUUCCUGCUCCAUUAAAUCUCCCUGAUCGUUCUCCAUUUUCGCACCAAACAACCGUAAUGGAAACUGAAGCUAUCUAUUUACAAGCAAAGUAGUUGGAAGAACUUGUCGCAGUGGAUUUCUUCCAGCGUGCUGCCUGGAUUACCGUAAACAAGUGGAACAAUAGUCUCCUGCAGCAGAAACACUAGCAGGCCUGUGGGCCACGGUGGUGCGGUUGAGAAGAUGGACAGGAUGAAGAUAAUCAAGCGGAGGCUGUCCAUGUCUCUACGCAGCGCGCGGCCGGUCGACGACUCCCUGUCAGAGCUGGCAGAACAGAUGGCCUUGGAUGAGCCAUCCGCAGCCAGGGAAAAUGGUGAGACACGGGAACAAGUGCACUCGCACACAGAGCCCAUGGUGGUGUGUGCCGUGCACCCUCCCGCUUCACACAGUGCUCCCUCCUUCCUGCGUCAGUAUGCCGGUCACCUGGGCCGCACCGCUCUGCGCAGAGAGCCGGGUGGGGGGCUGGAAAGAGACAGAGCCUUCCUGAGCCUGCACAGGACUGGAUCUCUGGGUAUUGUUCAUGAGAAUGUGAAGAUGGGUUCAGAUGGGGAGAGCGACCAAGCAUCUGGGACGUCCUCUGAUGAGGUCCAGAGUCCAGUCAGGGUCCGUAUGAGGAACAAUCACCAUCGACGCAUCUCUAAUGAGGACAUAAACAAACGUUUGUCUCUCCCAGCUGAUAUCAGGCUACCGGAGGGCUACUUGGAGAAGUUUGCCAUGAACAGCCCGCCCUUUGAUAAGCCCAUGAGCCGCAGGCUACGGCGUGCUUCGUUGUCUGAAAUCGGCUUUGGGAAACUUGAGACCUACAUCAAACUGGACAAACUAGGGGAGGGGACAUAUGCUACAGUGUUUAAGGGGCGAAGCAAGUUAACAGACAACUUGGUAGCUCUGAAGGAGAUCCGACUGGAGCAUGAGGAGGGUGCGCCCUGCACAGCUAUCCGGGAAGUGUCUCUACUGAAAGACUUGAAGCACGCAAAUAUUGUCACUCUCCAUGACAUUAUCCACACUGACAAGUGCCUGACACUUGUGUUUGAGUACCUGGAAAAAGAUCUGAAGCAGUACAUGGAUGACUGUGGAAGCAUCAUGAGUGUUCACAAUGUCAAGAUAUUCCUAUUCCAGCUGUUAAGAGGUUUGGCGUACUGCCACAGAAGAAAGGUCCUCCACAGAGACCUUAAACCCCAGAACCUGCUCAUCAAUGAAAAAGGAGAGCUCAAACUGGCAGACUUUGGUUUGGCACGAGCAAAGUCUGUUCCUACAAAGACCUACUCCAAUGAAGUUGUGACAUUAUGGUACCGCCCACCAGAUGUGCUUCUCGGAACUACUGAGUACUCUACACCCAUUGAUAUGUGGGGUGUGGGCUGCAUCUUUUAUGAAAUGAUCACUGGCAGACCUCUCUUCCCUGGAUCAACUGUGGAGGAUGAGCUUCACCUCAUAUUCCGCAUCCUCGGUACUCCUACAGAAGAGACUUGGCCUGGUAUCACCACCAGUGAAGAGUUUAAGACGUACAAUUUCCCCCGAUACCACGCUGAGCCCCUCGUCAACCACGCACCCAGGAUAGACAAUGAUGGUCACGACUUGCUCUCAAUGCUUCUACAGUUUGAGGCUAAGAGGCGGGUAUCAGCCGAGGAUGCUCUCAGACACUCGUAUUUCAAAUGUUUUGGGGAGCAGGUUCAAACACUGGCUGACACUGCAUCCAUCUUCUCUGUAAAAGGCAUUCAGCUCCAGAAAGAUCCAGGGAAGAGAUCCUCAGUCCACCCAGAGUCAACGAUGGCUCAUAAGCUAGGCUCUGCACCCUCGCAGUACUUCCAGAGAGAAGCAGCCAAUCCCAGGGCUCAGAGUCACAAUCUGUCCUCCACUUCCACUGGCUGAGUGGCCCAUACCGUUCUGGUAAAUACGGUCUCUUUCAUUCUGUCUGUCUUCUGUUUUAUCCCCCUUAGUUGUCACCUGGUCUCUUUUCUUCUGUCCAUUUGCACUUUGUCCCACUUAAUGUAUGGCUAUCACGGUUGCUGAACUGGACUAAAUGCUGGUACAUUUCACUUCCCUCGUGCGUUCCCUAAACCAAAACAAAACAUUAGUUGUUACCUGUUUAAACUCACUUCCUUUUAGUCUUUUUAUUUUUUUUUUUUCUGUCUCUUUAUUUUGUUAAUUUCUCUCCCCAUUCUUGCUUCUACCAGCCUUCCCUCAAAUUUCAAGCCCUGCACCCACCUGCAUCAUCUCAGCUUUCACUUACCUAAUCCUCUUUUUCUCAGAGUGAGCCACUCCCAGUGUUUAUGUUAGGAAUGAAAGGGGCAACGUCAUAUUCAUAAAAAAAAAAAUAAUAAUGUGAUCAAAGAACAUUGAUCAAGUCGUUUGAUUUUUUUCAUUUGUAGUCCUGUUUAGGUUUCUGCAGCGAGAGAUGUAGCCUUUUUGUUGAGUCUCCCAGGGGAAGAGCAGGAGGCAGAGUGUGUUGUUUUAGUGCUGGCGGGGGCGCUGAGAUGAGGAGGACAGUGACACGUGGAGCUGUCCUGUCGGACAUACAUUCACUGACCCUGCCACACACACACUGAAGGAGAGACACACACCCUGCCACAUAAACACACACACACACACAUUGAAGAAGAAAACACGCACAUACAGCAACAUGGAAACAAAAACAACACAGAAUUUAGAGAAGAAGAAUUUCUACUUGACAAAAAUAAUAAAUAAGACUUAGCCCAAUCCUAAAGACAGAAGAAAAAAAAAAAAAAAAAGAGAAGUGCGCAGAUGCUGGAAGAAAAGUGGGAGAGUACAAGAUUCUCCUUGCUGCUACUACUGCUGCUGUCCAGAAGAGGGCAGCGUUUAGGAGGAGGGCUGACUCGGUUUUUGAACAGAACUUGCUGCAUCAGUGAGCUGUGAGGAAGGAGGAGUGAGAAGUGGACGUGAUUCAAAGGCAAAGAAUGAGAGAGGAAACCGGUCACUUUCUCUUUUCUUUUUUUUGUUCGAACUGUUGCUGUACAUAAAGAGACUGAGCUAUAGAACUUUGCUUUUUCAUAACACGCCUCAGCCUGAAUCCAAACACUGAAUAUUGCACCCAACCUCGCCUAACCUCUUGGCCCUUUAUUACAUGAUCUUUAAAACAACACACAGACACAAUCUCUCUCUCUCUUUUUCUCUCAUUCUAUGUCUCUAUCUCUCUUAAAUACACACACACACACACACACACAUGAUUCACUUGAAAGUUAAGUGUGUAGAUCAAUGGCUUUUACAGAGAUAAACUUUAGCACCUUAUUGUCCAGUAGAGAUCAUGUUGGCUGUCAUUACGUUACCUCAUCAGUCACUCAAGCAGAGUAGGAUGUAAAGUACAUGCUAGAUAUUAGAAUGAAGAAGAAUCAAAAUAACAAACCAAAAACACAGAAACAACAACUCACUAACCAUAUAGGACAGAUGUAUUUACCUUCACCGAUGGAAUUGGACACUAUGCUUUAAUAACACUUUAAUAAAAAAAAACACUCUCAAACCAGUAGUCAGCAAUAUUUGCAUUUGUCACAUGCUCACACGCUGUAAAGAACACUAUGCUGCAAGACGCUGCUGUCUCAGUACCCAAGAAGGACAACCUGUAUGGACAGAGAGUUUAGGGAAAUGUACAAAUUCUCACCUGCUUACUCUUAGACACCACCUUUCCUUUUUUGCCUUGAUUCAGAAGUUGUCUUGAUUUGUUGUGUGAUGUACAGGUGUUGAUGUUGAAACAUUAUCUUUGCACCUGAUUUUACCUCUUUAGAUCAUAGACAAUUGAACAACCCCAAACCUCUCCCGCUCAACUUUACUUGCAUUUCUUUUUACAAUUUUUCUUUUUCUUUUCUUCAAUCUGUAUAUAUGACCAUACUUUUUACCUGUCAGAAGCAAUGAUACUUUUAGGAUGCUGUUCUCAGUCUUUACUUUGUUCCCAGGGGAACAGUGUGGUGACUGGCUGGGGACGUGUUGCACAUUCCUUAAGCUCAGGACUUAUUGCUAGUGUCGUUUUCGUGGAUGCUUUGAGGUACAACUGGUCUUGUCUCCCCAGUAGAGCAGAGUAUGUCUUACAUGACUUGAAACCCUUUUGCAAAGCUAAUUAAAACUGUAUGUGAAGGAGAAGAGUCAUUUCUCAGCAUCAACCUGUCAGUCCUCUGUGUCAUUCGUACUCUGUUAAUUUGACCAUAAUAUAGCUGUUCUGUGACUACUUUA